GGCGGCGGUCGUGGCUGUGGCCGGGGGAAGUGAAUGGUUUUACCCAGAGGGCCCUGCGCCGCCUUUCUCCGCUGGCACCGGCGCCGCUCCCUGCUCCUCCUCCCCGGCCAUGGCGUUCACGUUUGCGGCCUUCUGCUAUAUGCUGGCCCUGCUGCUCACCGCCGCGCUCAUCUUCUUCGCCAUCUGGCACAUUAUAGCAUUUGAUGAACUGAAGACUGAUUACAAGAAUCCUAUAGACCAGUGUAAUACCCUGAAUCCUCUUGUACUUCCGGAGUACCUCAUCCAUGCUUUCUUCUGUGUCAUGUUUCUUUGUGCAGCAGAGUGGCUCACACUGGGUCUCAAUAUGCCCCUCUUGGCAUAUCAUAUUUGGAGGUAUAUGAGCAGACCUGUGAUGAGUGGACCAGGACUCUAUGACCCUACAACCAUCAUGAAUGCAGAUAUUCUGGCAUACUGUCAGAAAGAAGGAUGGUGCAAAUUAGCUUUUUAUCUUCUAGCUUUUUUUUACUACCUAUAUGGCAUGAUCUAUGUUUUGGUGAGCUCUUAGAACAACAUACGGAAGAAUUGGUACAGUUAAAUGCAUGCAAAAAGCCACCAAACGAAGGGAUUCUAUCCAGCAAGAUCCUGUUUCCAAGAAUAGCCUAUGGAAUCUGAUCAGUUACUUUAAAAAUGACUCCUUAUUUUUUAAACAUUUCCACGUUUUUUGCUUGUGGAAAGACUGUUUUCAUAUGUUAUACUCAGAUAAAGAAUUUAAAUGGAAUUAUGUAUAAAUUAAUAUAAAAUGAUUACCUCGGUGUAGACAGGUUUGAACUUGCACUCCUUAAGGAACAGCCAUAAUCCCUUGAAUGAUUGUAUUAAUUAGUGAUUGUCCUUAGUUCAUUGGAAGUUUUUGUUUAUAGGAACUUGUAGGGCUCAUUUUGGUUUUAUUGAAAUGCCAUUUAAUUAUAAAUUAGCUUAGAUAUCAGGUGCUUCUGAUGAACUGAAAAGAUAUAUCUGACUUAGGGAAACUUCACGGAUUUCCCCAUCUAUCAUGUAGAUUAUAUAUGGCCACAUUUACAAGAAUAAGAGUGGGAUAUUUUUCCCUUCAACUUGAAUAUUAUUCCUGUAUAUUGCAUGAAAGAUUUUUCCCAUUUUCCGUCAGAAUAAUAUACUUGCUUUAAUUCUUAAGCAUAAGUGAACAUGAUAUAAACACAUAUGCUGAAUUACUUGUAAGAAUGCAUUUAAAGUUAAUUUAAAUGUUUUAAUUUGUAAGACGUUACUUUUAAGGAAUUGGUUAUUAGACUUACUGUACUAAGAUGGUGGUAAAGGUAUUCUUAAGAAUUUGCAAGUACUUUCCGAUUUUCAAAACUGAAUGAGAGAACAUUGUAUAACCCUCCUGCUGUUCCUUUAGUGCAAAACAAUAAAACUUGGAAAUUAAGACUUAUUUUCAGUGCAUUGUUUUAAAGAUUACAAGUAGCUAUUUCUUAAACUUGCUUAAUCCAUAAUAAAGAUUACUGUCAAUUUAAUUGUGGUCUAAAAAAAAAUACCACGCCUGGAUCUAAAAAGGAAGAUUUUUUAGUGGCUAAGGCACAUUACCCUUCGUUGUUACGUGAGAUUCGUAAAUAUUGAUGACAUGGAAUCAGCAUUUUUCUUAUUUAAAAAAAUUAUUGUCAAAGUGUUUAAAAUUUUUUUUUACUUUUUGAAACAGCAAGUUUUAAGGUAAAAUGACUUGUAAAUUUGAGUUUUUUGCUGCUUUGUGGAAGGCAGGUCAGUUAUGCCUUAAGCCUUUUUGUAAGAAUUCUUGUGCUUUAUUGGGGAUGAGGAAGUUAAAGCAAUUGGAAAUAGUGUAAGUGGUUCAAAGGGUCUUAACCAAAGGAUCAAAGAAAGAAGACCUAUAUGAAGAAGUUCCACAUAAUGCUGAAGGGAAUUUAUGGAUGUGUUUGUGGAAGUCGUUACACUAAGAAUCCCUUGAAUGAGAUGCUGUUUCAGUCUCUAUUAGUGAAAAGGUGCUUCCCCAUCUUUGGGAGAGUAGCUGCUACUGUCUGGGGACUGGGCGGUAGGGCUGUGUGAGUUGAAGAGGCUGCAGAACCAGAGAGGUGCUUAAGGAGUUUGCAGUUCAAAGUCUGGAGGAUGCGAGGGAUGUGUUGGUCAGUUCAUGGAGUGAGUUAUUUACUCAGCGCUUGCUGGGCACUGAAGUUUCGUGUUUUGAGUAUGAACAAUCAUUCAUUUUCUAAUAUAAUUAUAUCAGCUCCCACUCUUCAUUUUUCUUUUUUGUUCAUGAGUACUUUUUACUUUUUUGGUCAUGAGAGACCUUGGCCAAGUGCAGAUACAUUUCCUGGGGCUGUUACCUUAGGAUUCUUGUCAAUAUUUUCAUGAGCCAUUGCUGUCUCUUCGCAAACACUACUUUCCUUUAUAAGUUUUAACAAAAUCCUGUUAAUGUGUAUUCCAGAAUGUUCUCCAGGAUUAAUGCAAUGCUUACUGGCUGCAGUGUGUGGAAGCCACCUUCUCAUGCUUCUAAAGUGAGAUUCAUAGUCCUUAGCUGAUUCCUCAAAGAUGACUGACAGUGAGGUCCAUCCAUCUCAGUGGUAGAUUAGUUCCUAGGCAUAGAGAUUAGAAGAUUGAGUACCUGGAUGCGCUAAUAUGUACUCAUCUUUUCUUCUUAUUUCCUUGAUUAAGUCACUUAACCAAGACAAAGAAACAAUACACUUGCAUUUGACAAUAUCCCACUGGCUCUAUUCCUUGCUUUAAAUUUAAUUUGUUCCCCCUUUUCAUCUGUUUUGGGCAGCCUUAAGCCUUCUAUUAUUCUUGCAGGUCUGGCUGAGGCAUUGUUAGCCUGGGUUUAUAAAACUUUCCAUCAAACUUCUCCCUUUUCAGGGCAGCUUUUUAUUUAGGUACUUCUUUUUUCCUUGUUGCCAUCACUUUUGAUACUAUGUGCUUUGAUUUAUCUUAAAGAGCUUCCAACUUUUAGAAGCCAUUAGUGUAACAUCCUGUGGUUUAUGUCUAUACUAACAACUCUUAGUUGCUUUGGGCAUUAUAGAGUCUCCUGAAUUAAAAAUCUUAUAUGAUGAAUGUAGUUUAUUUAGCAGGUAUUAUGUGGAGUAACAAUACUCUAUCAUGGCAAUAUGUCCCUUUAGUACUUAGUUAUAGGGCUAGUAACUUAACUUGAAUGCCCAUAUCUGAAUUUUAUUAAUGAUGUUUGAUGCUUUUGACAAUACUUAACUGAUAUUCCCUGUACCCUAUCCCAGGGUAGAGGAGAGUUGAGUACCAGGUUACAAAUAACUAAUUUGUUUGAAUUAUUUUUCAUGGAAGGGGGCAGUGAUAGGAAAUGACCAGACAAACUACUUUUGACAUCUAUUGGAUAUGACUAGAGCAAGUGAGAAGCCUCAUAGAUUAUAUCAUAAACUGCCAGACCUACUAGUUAAGUUCAGAUACCCAGAUAAUGGUCUUCACAAAACAACAAAGUACCUGGCAGUUUGCAGUAUGUGUCUCUCGUGAAGCCUGUUCACUGUUCCAACUUGAGGACCAUUCGUGCUCAUAGCUCCUAUAGAGCUCUUCUCUGUUGCCCAAAUCAUCAUAUUUUGAAAAUGUGUCAGAUUAUUUGCAUAGAAAGGAAAUAAAGAUGUAGAUAUGCUUUGAAACUAGCAAAUUUUCUCCAGUUACAUGUUUUUAAACAGUGUUCAUGGAAUAUUAUUGCCGUGGCACAAAUAAUGACUUCUGUGUAUCUUUUAUACCCUUCAGUGGGGUGAGCUUCCAUUUUAGGUGUAGUUACAUCAUAGCAGUGUGAUAUAUCAAGCUCAUUUAAAUAAUCUGUGUUCAAAAGUAUUACAUCUAGUUUACUUAUUUAUGUCAUUUAACACCCACAAAUGUGCAUGUCAAUAAUUAGUUGUACAGUAUAAUUGUAUUUCAGAAAUUUUGGCAGGAAAGUAUUUUAAAACAAUACUCUUCAAUGUGGAAAGAUAAAAAUAUUGAUACCUUGACUAGCAUUAUUCAUAAAAUUUCUUAUAUUCAUCCUUUUGGGAAAUGAUUAAUAGUGUUAGUAAUAUAGUUCAGAAGAUGGUUCUGAACUAAUAUUCCAGGGUGAUGCCAAGAAACAAAAUGUGGUCCUAUUGUGGAUAUGCUGAAUAACUUUCUUAGAGCAAUUUUACUUUAAAGAGUUGUAAAGCUGAAUGUUGAAAAGGAGCAAACAGCUGCAUGUUCUGCUUAGUUUCGGAAAACAGUAUUAAUCAUAUAAGGUGACUGAUCUGUGGGGAAUUGGAUUGAAGGUUUUUCCUACAUUAAUUUUACUGCACAUUGUGGAAGUGAAGAUGUAGAGAACAUCUUGACAUGGAAAAGAAUAAGUUAAUGUUAUUGUACAAUACUUUUUCCAAACAUUUAACUUUCUUUGGUUAUCAUGUUCAUUUAUUCUGGAGAAGAAGAAUUUCUUUAAUAAUAGAUUACUAGGUAGAUCCUACAACUAUUAAAAGAAACAUAGAAUAUAGUUAGCCAUCUGUGCUCAUGGUUUGUUAAAUCCUAAGUUAACCUUAAUGGUGCUGUACCACUGUCCAAAGAAAACCCUUAUGUAGUCCUACCUUCUUAGAGCUUGCUUUAUUUUGCUUUUGUAUAUUUAAUAAAAACUGUCUCAAAUGUU